GCCCUUGUUAUCAGAGAAAAGCUUGUGGCUUUGUAUGAAUCAGAACAGGACUGGUCAAGAGCUGCCCAGAUGUUGAGUGGCAUUGAUCUCGACUCUGGCGUGAGGUAUAAUAGUGAGGGGAGAGCACCAAAACCGGCUAGAUCUCGUCAGAACAGGAAUGGUCAAGAGCUGUUCGAAAUAA